UUAUCAGUGCAGUACGGCAUUUUUCCAGGCAGCGAAACACAGCUGUUUUUGGUCGCCAGCAAAAACAUAACACAACAAACAGGGUGAACCAUGAGCACAGCAGAUAAUUAUAGUGACAACAUGGCAACCAGCACACAGUUUUCACGAGAGGCACUCUGUGAUGGCCUUGACCAGCUGUCAAUCCAACAGCUUGAACUUAUGGAUCAUCUCAUUAAGAGUAACAUGAGCCUGGAAGAAAGUAUGAGGAGUGGAUUUUUCCUUUUGAGCAAGACACGCUACACUCUUGGCACCAAUGCUGUCUGCUUGCUGCAGUUACCAACAGAUGAGAGUGAAGUGGAGUCUCUAGCUACUGUUGUUAGCUCCCCAGUAGUCUUGGAGAAGUAUGAUGGGGAUAUCAUGUAUCAUAGUGUUGAUACCAAGUUCGUGGAUCCUGUAAUUACAGUAGACAGUGAGAAAGGAAUAAUUAUUUCAGAUGACUCCGAUAAAAAAAUUCAAGGACUAAGGAAGAGAGUGACAAGUGCUGAAGAACAAAAAACUGAAGAGAUAAGUGAUGAAAAUUUUGAAGAACAAAGUGUUAAAAAGGGAAAACCUAAAAUCAUAAACCGUGACCCCAUUCGUUGGUUUUCAGCCCUACCGCCCCAGACUUUAAAGCAUGCUCAACAAGAUUUCAAGGCUGCCAUUAAUUUAAUUGCACAAUGUGCCACAACACAAUUAAAGCUCAGAGCAGUCAAUAAGGAGUACAAACGUUUAUAUGAAAUAAAACAGAAGUUGGACAAAACUGACAAAGAAGAAUAAUUAAAAUUCCAAAUGGUGAUAUAACAUUAGCACAAUUAUUUUUGCAUGUGAUUUUGUAUUGCAAUAUUACAUUCCUCAGUCCUGUAGUAAAUUUCACCAUGAUAAAAACUAACGAAGCUUAAGAGAAAAAUCACAAAUUUGGUAUGGUAUUGUUGACCUCUUUACUAUGGGCAAUGCCUCUUUAAUAUUUUAUUUAGCUAUGCCAGAUUAUGUUAUUCAGCUCAGAGGCAACCCAUACACAAGGGUUAAAUUACUCAGGACUAUUCAGCAUUAAAGGUUUUGACCUUGUAACUUUAUUGGUUUAGUAAGAUAUUAUAUUGUAGCUUCGGUUAAAUAUGCUUACAUUAUAGUGCAAAUAUGUAACAUUCAUACAUCUGAAGUGAUUACUCUUGCAUCAUAUUUGCUUUUUUGUUUAGUAAAAUGAACAAAUUUAUGAAAUAAGGAGAGCUUGUAGAACAGGUUAACUUAAAUGCUUUUGACAAUACUGUACAAGUGCCUUUGUGUCAGUUAUUACAGAACAGAUGCUAGAUAAAUAAGAAAUGCAAGACCAAUUUCACUUUCAUAAAUUCAAUGUAUUGAGGUUUGCUAUUAUUAACAAAUUUCCAGCCUGUA